AUGAUCGUCUUCGCACGAUUGGCGGAACCUUUGGCCGAAAGAUCCUUGGCUUCUUUCUUAUUUUUUCAGCUACAAUGGUUUGACCACACCCUCUCGGAAGCAACCAUAGCAACUCAGGCCGGCGUUCUCACAUCCGCUUUCGCCGCUGCCCAGUGCGCGACCGGGAUGUGGUGGGGCUACAUCGCCGAUAGCCCCCGAUGCGGCCGGAAGAACGUCCUCAUCAUGGGCUUACUUGGUACAUGCAUGUCAUCUUUGGGUUUGGCUUUUUCUAGAUCUUUUCUGGCCGCGCUCUUCUUCCGAGUCCUCGCCGGUGCCUUGAACGGCAACGUUGGCGUCCUACGGACGAUGAUAUCGGAAGUAGUAGAUGAUAAAAGGUUACGGUCAAGAGCGUUCCUCCUGUUGCCAAUGUGUUUCAAUGUGGGAGUCAUUGUAGGCCCUCUUCUCGGCGGCUUCCUUGCAGACCCCGUCACUUCACAUCCGGAUCUUUUCGGCCCCGGCUCCCGGAUCGGCGGCCCCGACGGCGUUCAAUGGAUGAUGGAGUAUCCGUAUGCUCUUCCCUAUCUCAUGUCGGCAUCUUUCCUGUUCCUCGCUGCGAUGGGAGUGAUUCUCGGCUUGGACGAAACACACGUGGCCCUUCGCGACAGCAGAGAUCGUGGCCGGGAGAUUGGUCGCUACAUUUCCAGCUGUCUAAAGACCAAAGAAGGAGUGGAAUACACCCGUCUUGAUCAAGAUCUUUUGUCGGAUCGUCCCGUUGGCCGAGUUGCUGGUCGCACGCACACCGAAGCUUCUAGCGAAGCUCCUCGGUCGAUCUUCACUCAUCAAGUCCUCCUUACUUUGUCACAAAAUUUCCUCUGCACACUCCACACGUCGGCAUAUAACGCCAUGCUUUUCAUCAUCUUGCCACUCGCAAGAUCGAAGAACGUCGACAAGCAUCUACCAUUUCGAUUCACUGGCGGUCUUGGUCUCACAUCACAACAAGUAGGUUUCGCGAACACCAUCAUUGGCAUCGUUGGCCUUCCUCUUCAGAUCCUGCUUUUCCCGCCAGUGAGUGGGAAGCUCGGAGCUACAUCCUCCUACCGACUCUUCCUUCCGUUCAGUCUGCUGGCAUACACCGCUAUCCCAUUUCUGUCUCUUUUGCCUGGCAAGGGUGAUAUCUUUUGGGUGUGUUUGGCAGCCGUGCUAAGCUCGCAGGUGCUGUCCCGAACGUUUGUUGGACCGGCCACUAUCUUGCUGGUGAAUGAGGCUGCUCCACCGGCUGCUUUAGGUACGGUGCAUGGAAUCGCUGCAAGCACAUCAGCAGGCGCUCGUAUGCUUGGGCCGGUGAUCGGCGGCUUGGUCCUCAGUUGGGGCCUGCAGACCAACGCCAUUGGUAUUCCGUUCUGGGGCCUCGGCGCCUUGGUUAUGCUCAAUUGGCUGCUAGUAUGGGCUGUGAGGGUCAAUCCCGGACGUUAA